UCUCAGACCGAUCGGAGCCGCGUCGCGUCGUAGACGCGCGUAUCAGCCGUGGCGUCGAAUCCUACACGGUUCAACACGUUUUUCAUGCAUGCAGACGGAGUGCAUACACGACGAGCGCGUCAUCGCCGUAUUUACGUACCGUGACAGUUCCUCGUAUGGGAAAAUUGACAGUGAAUCCCGUAAACCGCUGUGAUUGCCCGGUCGCCACGGGCGUCGACAUAUUGCGCGUGCUGUGUUUCAGACGAAGUUCUCGACAGUACGUUUUUUUUCCCCCUGAUGCCAUUCGUCCCGUCUCGUGCGAGAAAUUAACAGUUCAAGAGGAAUCGCGUCGUCAUUUCAACGACGUAUGUGUUCGUUCGCGUUCGUUCACGCCGGUUCGUACGCUACGCUCCAUGUGCGACGUAGUUACGUGGUAUCGCCGCUUCCACCCUCGCAAAUGCGAUCGGGGGUGCGCGAUGGAACUCGACGCUCAACAGCGGCAUGUCUUUUCGCAGCUGUCGCGCGACCGCUCUGAUGAUGAGUACGAUGACGACUCGCGGAUGAACGAGUAAACAAACGUCGUUACGUCAGUCGAUCGUAUUGGAGCGCGUUAAAAGAUGUGGGCGCGAAAAGAACGACAGGAUGACGAAAAUGGCGGGUGAUGAAACAGCUGUUUUAACGCGCGCCGCGCCAUCUGGUGGGGCGCGCGCGCGACACGGCACGCUAAGGCAACG